CCAAUACAGUAACUAUGUAAGUUGAGGUCUACGAGUCGCUUUAACAGAAAAAUAGGACAACCAGAGAAACGAAAGAAUUGAUUUGUUGGGGUUUGGGUUGACUGCGUUGCCAAUUCUGUCCGGCCAUCUCUAACGUCUUGAACUUCCUUUACAGUUGAUGUUAUGUCGCAUCUUUCGUUCAGGGGCGAUGUAAAUCUUUUCUUUGAAAAGGGCUGUCCGUCCUCUAUUCACAAGGAUAGUAGUGGCGAAAGAUCGAAGGAGCCAAACAAAGACGAUACGAUCGUUGGUAAGAAACGCGAGUCUUCCACGUCCGACUCGAUUUUCCAACAGAGGAGAAAGAAGCAAUCUGCAAAAACAGCCGGGGGAAAGUUCAACGAUUUACGUACGUUGAAAGAAUCAGACUUGGUAAGAACAUGAUCGAUGUCUGUUUCGCUCCCCAUUCGUAGAAAUGACUGACGCCGUUGUGUCUCAUUUCCAUCGAUACAAUCCUUCAAUCAGCCCGCCGUAAGAAAAUAUCCAUUUCUACGAAGCGACGAGAAUGCGGAAAAAGAUAGUGUAAAGAACGGAGAAAUCCUACACGUCGCUGCCAUUGAUCGCAACCUCAUUCGGGGCGAAGACAAAGGUGGAAUUACGAGCAACGAUAGAGUCCCCACCAAUGCCGAUGCUGUUGACCAGGAAGACAAAGAAUCAGAAGAGGACAAGCAAACUAUUGAGAAGGAGAGCGAAGAAGACUCGUUGAAUAAAGACUGGAAUGAUUUUGUCAAUAAUAUGGGUACCAGUGAGAAACAAAAUCUGGAAGACUACCUCAAGACCAAGGAAACUCGACGCCGAGCGACCACCGCCUAUGCCAAUGACAUCGACAAAUUCAUGGUGGAAUUGCGCAAGCUGACAAACACAAUUUUAUCUGAAAUUGUCGCGCCGGUUUGCAAUAAAUAUUCGGAACGCAUCGAGAAUAUCGAAGAAGAUAUCAUAAAGACCAUGGUAUCGAAUAACUAUCGCCGGAACAAACUACUGGAGCUCAUGAAUGCAACAGAUAUUGAAUGGAGAAAGACGCACACAACACUUCUUGAGGAUGUUCUGGGAGACGUAAGUAGUCAAAAAAGGUUACAACAUUGGACACAAUACAUUCGAAUCUUGUAUUGUAGGAAUAUACGGUAUCAUUAAUUGCUUUUCUCGUUUUGCUUAUUCGAAACUAUACCAGAAAGAAAAUUGUGAUAAUGUCGCGAAUGACCAGAAAGUCAUAUUGGGAGAAGACAGACCGGGUACAACUCAGACCAAGACAAGGGGGGGAAAAUCUCCAGAUGAUAAGUACUCACACAAGAACGAGAAGGAGACGGUUGUUGUUGGUCAAGAUCCUGACUGGGAAACACUUAUCGAACACGAACCAUCACGUCAACGAAUCCUGUCAUUUCUGGACCAGCGUGAACAAGUAAAUUGCACCCGAGACAACUUUGGCGAAAUAAUGGACGAGGUUCAUGUGGUAAUAGAAGCUGAGGUUCGAAGUAUUCUCGAYACCGUAGGCAAUCUCUUCCAUCAGAGCAUGGAGGCCUGCCGAGAGUCGGAGGGAGAGAUCGAGAAUCUGAUUAUGGAAAAUUAUGGGCGCCAACGAAAUCUCAGGGAGGAACUCGAGAAAAAUGAGCGCGAAGCCAAAGAACGAUUUGCUGCACUUCGCAGCCGCCUUGGUUAGGCUACUUUAGCUCGACGGAUCGGAUUUACCAGCUUUUGAGUCGGAUGAAGGAUCAAAGUCAAACAUCUCAUUCAAUUGUUGACGCAUACACUACUGCCUCGCUAUUUCACUAAAUGUUUUGAUACAAA